AUGAAAUGUAUCGUGGAGGUGGUGACGUACGCAAGUCUUCUUUUUGAUUUUGUUCUCCUUGGAUAUGGUCUCCUUGAAUUUGUUCUCCUUGAGUUGGAUCUCCUUGAUACUGAAAUUCUCGAUAUUGAGAUUCACGAUAUUGGCUUCGAGAACUCUCUCCGUGCCCUCCAUAUUGGUCUCUGAGAUAAAUUAGUAGUGGUUUCUUCGUUAUUCAUAUUUAGAUCAAAUGAAUUCAUACCAGGGGAUGGCGAUGAUUCAUCUUGGAAUGAUGGAGAUGACAUCACAGGACCAUCACGCUUUUGGAGUAAGAAAGUUUUACAUGAUAUAAUGACAACCUGUAUCAUAAUGCAUAAUAUUAUCAUAGAGGAUGAACGUGAUGUUGAUGCAAUAAUUGAAGAACGAGUGGAAGUCCCAUCUGCAGAAGUUGAGAUGGCGAGUAAUGAAGAUGUUCGAUUUCAAGAAUUCUUAGCUCGGCAUAGGCAAAUCAAGGACCGAGAAGCUCAUAUUGAACUUCGAAAUGCAUUAAUUGAACAUUUGUGGUUAGAAUAUGCUAAUUCUAAAAAUUAG